AUGCUCGAGGGGAGAGGACCUUUAAUAAAAAUUUUAAGUAAUUUUUUAAUUUCUUCGGUUACCUUUGCAUUGAAUGCACGUGGGGCGAGUAUGUCUGUAGCAAAAGCUUGUGGUGUUAAUAAUUCCAUAGUAAACGCGUUUGGUGAUAAUAUAUUUGCAAUGGCUGCGCGUGGGGAUAAUACACUGGGGACAAAUGCUGAAGGGCUCAGAACGGAGAGCUAA